UCAGAAACAGAGGAGACUGGGGGGCUACAGUCCACGGGACUAGUAAGAGUCGGACACAACUGAACAACUAAGCAGGCAGACACACAUUACAAAUAAGUAUACACAUGUUUAUAUUAAUACAAAUUAUGCCUGCUAUGUGCCAAGCAAUGAAUCAACUUUUGCUACAAAGAUAAAUAAGAUGUGAUUCCAGACUCAAGCUCAAAUUGGCAGGAGACAAGAUACUUGAAUAAACAGUGUUAUACAAUCUAAAAAGUUCUGUAGAAAUACUGUUUCAAGUGCUUUGGGAGAACAGUGGUACUAUCAGUAUCAUCUGGGGGAGCCUGAGAAGACAAUGGUCUAUGAAUUAGAUUUUGAGAGGUGGUUUUAUAAAAAGGAAGAGGAAGCAUUCAAGACAGAUGGUACAGUACAUACAAAGGCAAAAGAGCUGUAAAAGUGCUUGGCGUGUUUGGACAAACAGCAGUCUGACGUGAACGAAUAUUGAGGUACUGGCAAUAUAAAACAGAAAAGGUAAAAAUGGAUUGGGACAGACAGUAAAAAGCUCUAUGUGAUACGCUUGACAAAUAGGACUUAAUUCUGUCAGCGGUAAGGUUAUUGAGAAAGUUUCAAGAAAGGAUUGACAUAAACAGAUUUGUAUUUCAGAAUGGUAACCAGGGGAGGAGGAUGGUGGGGAAAUCAUCUGGUUUUGAAAGAAGAAAUAGCACAGUGCAAUACAAGCGGAAAUACAGUCAAGGAUGAGCCUUGGGUUUCUAGUGCGGACAACUGGAUGGAUACCAGUACUAUUAUCUGAGAUCGGAUACAGAAGAAAGGUUAAAACAAGAUGAAGAUUUUUUCUGAAUCUCAUAAAACAGUGUUUGUCGUGGAUCACUGCCCUUACAUGGCAGAGUCAUGCAGACAACAUGUCGAGUUUGAUAUGCUCGUGAAGAAUAGGACCCAAGGAAUCAUCCCAUUGGCCCCCAUAUCUAAAUCGUUGUGGACUUGCUCAGUCGAAUCUUCCAUGGAAUAUUGUAGAAUAAUGUAUGACAUAUUUCCUUUCAAAAAGCUGGUGAAUUUCAUUGUAAGUGACUCUGGAGCACAUGUUUUAAAUUCUUGGACUCAAGAAGACCAAAAUUUGCAGGAGCUGAUGGCAGCAUUAGCUGCUGUUGGGCCUCCUAAUCCACGGGCAGAUCCAGAAUGCUGCAGUAUUCUGCAUGGUCUCGUUGCAGCAGUGGAAACCCUCUGUAAAAUUACUGAAUACCAACAUGAGGCUCGUACUCUGCUAAUGGAGAAUGCAGAACGUGUUGGAAAUAGAGGACGAAUAAUUUGCAUUACUAAUGCAAAAAGUGAUAGUCAUGUGCGAAUGCUUGAGGAUUGUGUCCAAGAAACAAUUCAUGAGCAUAACAAACUUGCUGCAAAUUCAGAUCAUCUCAUGCAGAUUCAGAAAUGUGAGCUAGUCUUGAUCCACACCUACCCAGUUGGUGAAGACAGCCUUGUAUCUGAUCGUCCUAAGAAGGAGUUGUCCCCCGUUUUAACCAGUGAAGUUCAUAGUGUUCGUGCAGGACGGCAUCUUGCUACCAAAUUAAAUAUUUUAGUCCAGCAGCAUUUCGACUUGGCUUCAACUACUAUUACUAAUAUUCCAAUGAAGGAAGAACAACAUGCUAACACAUCUGCCAAUUAUGAUGUGGAACUGCUUCAUCACAAAGAUGCACAUGUAGAUUUCCUGAAAAGUGGUGAUAACCAUUUGAGUGGCAGCAGUAGAGAAGGCUCAUUUAAAGAAACAAUAACAUUAAAGUGGUGCACACCAAGGACAAAUAACAUUGAAUUACACUAUUGCACUGGCGCUUACCGAAUUUCACCUGUAGAUGUAAAUAGUAGACCUUCCUCCUGCCUUACUAAUUUUCUUCUAAAUGGCCGUUCUGUUUUAUUGGAACAACCACGAAAGUCAGGUUCCAAAGUCAUUAGUCAUAUGCUUAGUAGCCAUGGAGGAGAGAUUUUUUUGCACGUCCUUAGCAGUUCUCGAUCCAUUCUAGAAGAUCCACCUUCAAUUAGUGAAGGAUGUGGAGGAAGAGUUACCGACUACCGGAUUACAGAUUUUGGUGAAUUUAUGAGGGAAAACAGAUUAACUCCUUUUCUAGACCCCAGAUAUAAAAUCGAUGGAAGUCUUGAGAUCCCUUUGGAACGAGCGAAAGAUCAGUUAGAAAAGCACACCCGUUACUGGCCUAUGAUUAUUUCACAAACCACCAUUUUUAAUAUGCAAGCGGUAGUUCCAUUAGCCAGUGUUAUUGUGAAAGAGUCUUUGACAGAAGAAGAUGUGUUAAACUGUCAAAAAACAAUAUACAACUUAGUUGAUAUGGAAAGAAAAAACGAUCCUCUGCCUAUUUCCACAGUUGGUACAAGAGGAAAAGGCCCUAAAAGAGAUGAGCAGUACCGUAUCAUGUGGAAUGAAUUAGAAACUCUGGUCAGAGCCCAUAUCAACAAUUCGGAGAAACAUCAAAGAGUCUUGGAAUGUCUAAUGGCAUGUAGAAGCAAACCCCCAGAAGAAGAAGAACGAAAGAAACGAGGAAGAAAGAGGGAGGACAAAGAGGACAAGUCAGAGAAAGCAGUGAAAGAUUAUGAACAGGAGAAAUCCUGGCAAGAUUCCGAGAGGUUAAAAGGAAUCUUAGAACGUGGGAAAGAAGAGCUGGCUGAAGCUGAGAUUAUAAAAGAUUCACCUGAUUCCCCAGAACCUCCAAAUAAAAAGCCUCUUGUUGAGAUGGAUGAAACUCCACCGGUAGAAAAAUCAAAAGGGCCAGUGUCCUUAUUAUCAUUAUGGAGUAAUAGAAUCAACACUGCCAAUUCCAGAAAGCAUCAGGAGUUUGCUGGACGUUUGAACUCUGUUAAUAACAGAGCUGAGUUAUAUCAACAUCUUAAAGAGGAAAAUGGAAUGGAAACAACAGAAAAUGGAAAAGCCAGCCGGCAGUAAAGAGUGACUUGAGCAAUUGAAUUUAGUAUCCUGCAUAGAUAUUUUGAAUGGAAUUUGAUAUAAGAACUUUUACAGCAAGAUUGUAUAGCUAUGUUGCCUGGACUGGUUUUUACAUUUUUAAAAUAUUUCAACUAACUUUAUCUUUUUUGUAUUAAUUGUAAAAUUGGCACAUAUGUCAAAAAUAUACAUUUGUCCUCCCAAAUUAAACAAAUUUAUUUUAUGGUAGAGGGUGUCCCCUCUGGAAAUGUUUUUUAAAAAAUUCUUAGGCUUCUCUUUGCCAAAUAAAACUAUUAAAA